AUGUGGUCGUUUGUAAAGUUUUCCCCUUCGUUGAUUAAUCAGAAAUCCACUCGCUUUACUUUACUGGAAGUGAAAGAUAAUGAUUUACAAGAGUAUGUGCUUAAGGCGACUAAUCGAGUGCCGCUGUCGGAACUGGGGCUCUCCGAAAAGGAGAUCUACACUCUUUGUGCCAGAUUUGCUCCCAUCGCUGCCAAGGUGGGUGGAUCUCUAGACACUGUUACGGUUCAAAAGUCGAAGAAGCAGUUUCUGGAGAAGUGCCGUGGUUACGAUCAGGAUUGCGCUCAAUUCCAAGCUAAGGAGCGCCCACUCGGUGCAGUUGCGAACGCAUUUUCAUCGGGUGUCGGUUUGACGUACUAUAACUGGGACGUGAAUGGUAUACCGUAUUACGGAAUAAAUGAAGAAGGAUCAAUCGGCAAUGGGCAUAAUGGCAAGAUUGACUUUGGCUCAUGGGGAGGCGGAUACUCAAGUAAUUUGGGUGUACGAGACUAUUUCUCACAGACUCAGGAAUAUGGAGCGAAUUGGUAUGAGGGAUUAUACGGGUACAAGAGUGGAUGGAGCAUUCCAGUUGUUCAGAGUGCUGGUGUGGAAGGAGGAGGUGGAACUCAGGUUCACGUGCCACUAAAAGAAGGAGAAUUAGGCCAACCUAUCCAGGCCACCAGCGGCUAUCAUGUGGGACCAUAUUUCGGCACCGCUGAUCGAGUCGGUGUCGAUUGGUACAACGGUGGAGUCUCUUUCAGCAGGGGUGUAUCCAGUCCUUUUGUGGGAGUUGGCGUCAGCUCAGGUACCGCGGUCGGAUUCCCCUCCAUAGGAACAAUAAUGAAACGAGUAGGAAUCAAUGAUAUGGACCAACUAGCUCAAAUGGUCCAUUUGGGAGCACGAACCCAACAGACCACUUCUAUCGGCAGGUAA